AGCUCGUCUUCUACCGGAAUCAGUGCAUCGGCUCAGGCGACAAUGCAAGGAGGAUCGUCGGGAAUUGGAUACGGUUUGAAGUAUCAGGCUAGAUGUAUAUCGGAUGUGAAAGCAGAUACGGAUUACACAAGCUUUCUCACCGGAACUUUAAGUUUGAAAGAAGAAAAUGAGGUUCAUCUUCUUCGUUUGUCAUCUGGUGGAUCUGAGCUUAUAUGCGAGGGUUUGUUCUCUCAUCCUAAUGAGAUUUGGGACCUUGCUUCUUGCCCUUUUGAUCAACGCAUUUUCUCUACUGUCUUCUCCACUGGUGAAUCAUUUGGAGCAGCGAUUUGGCAAAUCCCUGAGUUAUAUGGUCAAUUGAAUUCUCCACAAUUGGAGCGUGUUGCUUCUCUUGAUGCACAUGUUGGUAAGAUUAAUUGUGUUCUUUGGUGGCCUUCUGGAAGAUGUGACAAGUUAAUCAGCAUUGAUGAACAAAAUCUUUUCUUGUGGAGCUUAGACUGUUCGAAAAAGUCUGCUGAGGUUCUAUCCAAGGAUUCAGCUGGGAUGUUGCAUUCUUUAUCUGGUGGAGCAUGGGAUCCUCAUGAUGUAAAUGCUGUUGCAGCAACUGGUGAAUCAUCUGUCCAGUUCUGGGACUUGCGUACUAUGAAGAAGGUUAACUCAAUUGAACAUGCUCAUGUACGCGGUGUUGAUUACAAUCCCAAGAGAGAACAUAUACUUGUAACUGCAGAGGAUGAAUCGGGCAUACAUGUCUGGGAUCUCCGGAAGGCCAAGGUUCCUGUCCAAGAGCUUCCUGGUCAUACACACUGGACAUGGGCUGUCAAGUGUAACCCUGAGUAUGAUGGACUGAUUCUGAGCGCUGGAACAGAUUCGGCUGUCAACCUGUGGUUUGCUUCAGCAUCAUCCAGUGAUGACAAAACCUCAGAAAGUCCUGUGGAAUCCACACGACAGCGUGUGAACCCGUUGCUUAACUCAUACACGGACUAUGAAGACAGUGUCUAUGGCCUUGCUUGGAGUUCACGUGAGCCUUGGGUUUUUGCAUCAUUAUCAUAUGACGGAAGAGUCGUCAUCGAAUCCGUCAAGCCUUUCCUUCCAAGAAUAUAGUAAAAACUCAGCAUCUCUUUUGCUCUGACCCAGACACGACCCAUCUUUUGGUAAAGAAGUUGGCACUAUUGUAUUUGAAGCAAUGUACUUUUGACACAAUCUUUGUGGAUCAUGAUGUAUCUAUCUAUCAUUCACCCAGAUUCUUUCGGUACCAAUAUUCAGUUGCUUUGAACUAAACAGACUCAACGACU